AUUUCUGCAGAUUCCAGUGCCAUUCCUGUGGAUUCCUGUGGAUUCCAGUGCCAUUCCUGCGGAUUCCGGUGCCAUUCCUCCGGAUUCCUGCAGAUUCCUGCAGAUUCCUCUGGAUUCCUGUGGAUUCCUGCAGGAAUGGCUUUCAAUGGUUGAGGAUAACAAAAUGGAACCUAGUGACGAACCUGAAUUAACCUCCAACACAUCAAAAACUUCCUCCACAUCGAAGGUGUCAAAACUUGAUGUGAUCCUGGAAGCUGUUGAGAGUCUUUCCCAAACUGACAUUGCACACAUCUUCAACACAACACUCACCUUGUCCUCUGACCCCAUGUCCCACACUACUACUCAAAUCAUCCCUUCCCAGUCCACACCAACACAUCCCCUCUCCAUCGAGCCCCAAACAGACAAUGAGAUCCUUCUCCUGGCGGCACUCCAGGAAUCUGAGGCCUGCAAUCAGAUUCUCCUCAACUGUACGAUUGAGUUGCAAGCGAGCAACAUCCUAAACAAAGCCUACUGCAGCAAGCUCAAACGGCACCUUGCUCAUCAGGAAAACAAGAAGAAGGAUAAGGGGAAGGGGACAUUGGUUGGGGAUGGCUUACCAUGUGUGCUCACUGGUGAUGCCUUUUACAAAGCAGUUGUUGAGUUCAAGAAAGCGAAGGUUGCUGAGGAGAGGGAUGCUGAGAUGAAGAAGGAUGUGAGGGCUGUCUAUGCCGCCGCCUUGAAGGAGUGGCAGGAGGGGGAAGCUGCACAAAAAGCCGAGAAGGAAGAGAUGUUGAUGGAGUACAGGCACGCCGUCACCUACUGGGAAAAU